UGUUUUUGCGCUGUUAAUUAAGUAUUUGGCAAUGUUAUUUUUCACGAAAAAAUUCACUAAAUAACACGAGUUUUUCUAAUUUUCUUAGACGAUCCUUUGAUUACCGUAACAACGUGAUAUUUGAAGAUGAAUCAUAUGGAUUUGGAAGAUGGUCCUCGACCUAAGUAUAAAAAAUGGUACGAGGAGUUUACAAAAACCGAAGGCCCGAAAAAGCACAACAAAAGUGACAUGGAUGUAAUUAAUUUGAAAGAAGAAGCAAAGAAAUGCUUGGACUCGGAAAGUGCAGCCUACCACUUGAAGCAGUCCAAAACCAAAAAUUCAGACUAUUUUUGGAUGAAAACAGCAUUAUCCAAAGGAACGAUAGCUGACAGAGUAGCUGCUGGGAUAGUUUUAGUUCAAGAUAGCCCAAAGCACAAUCUCAAUCACCUGAAUUCACUGAUGUCGCAAGUGAAGGUGGCCAAACACAAUCAGUGCAGUAAAAUCAUUACAGAUUUGAAGGAUCUGUUUCUUUGUGAUCUACUGCAUCCGCAAUACAAACUGGUCAAGUUUGAGGAUCAAGAUUUAAACUUGUUGGACAGUCAUGAACUGGGCAUGUCCAAAAAUAAAAUAUUGGCGUUGUGGUACUUCGAAGAUCAACUAAAGGAAAUUUAUGACGGUUUUGUUAACUCCUUGUCGAAGAUUGCCAAUGACACAGUAGACCUGAACAGAGAAAAAGCCGUCACAGUAAUGAAUGACCUGUUGAUGGGCAAUCCCGAGCAGGAGCAUAAUCUUCUUGCCUUCUUGAUAAACAAAGUCGGCGACCCAAGUAGUAAAGUAGCUUCAAAAGCUGUGUUCUGCUUGACAAAACUGCUACACGAGCAUCCACAAAUGAAGCUCAUUGUUCUGAAAGAAGUGGAAAAGUUAUUGUUCAGAACUAAUAUCUCGCCAAGAGCUCAGUACUUUGCCAUCUGUUUGCUAACGCAAUUUCUCUUGACAAAGGAAGACACGCAAGUUGCAACGACUCUUAUUGAUGUAUAUUUUGCUUUUUUCAAGGCUUGCUUGAAAAAAGGAGAACCCGACAGUAGAAUGAUGGCUGCAAUUUUAGCCGGUGUAAAUAGAGCUUACAGGUUUGCCGAUGUAAAUACCAUUAAGUUGAGUGAUCACAUAGAUUCUGUGUACAAAGUUGUUCACCAUGGGACUUUUAACGUGUCACUGAAUGCCUUGAGCUUAUUAUUUCAGGUUGUUGGUAAAGAUCCAAAACAGUCAGAUAGAUUCUACAUGGCAUUUUAUAAGAAACUGAUUGAUCCUCAAAUUGGCACUGCCAACAAAAGAGCUAUUUUCUUAAAUUUAUUUUAUAGAGUUUUACGCAACGAUCAGAGCAUACUGAGAUUGCAUGCGUUCAUCAAAAGGAUUCUUCAAGCAUCUAUUAGUUUUCCUGCCAAUAUGAUAUGUGCUACUCUAUACACAUUAUCACAAGUGUUGAAGUCGAGAAAGUUUACAAAUAAGAUUUUAACUAGGUCUGCGGCUACCGUCAAAAAUGACGAUGGCGAAAUAGAUUUAAGUAAAACGAUGGAUGAAGUGACUGUUCAAGAAAAAAAGACGAAAACCAAGACAAAAGAGAACACAGUGGUAUUAUCUAAUGUUAUCUCAAAGGCUGUAGAGGAGGAAAAUAAAGAGGAUGAUGACGUCAAGCCUGUGGUCGAAGUUAAAAAUGAAUUUAAAGCUACAUUUUACGAUCCUUUUAACAGAAACCCACUGCGCAGCGGAGCCAAUUUAAAUUUCUACUCCGAGCUGGGAGCUCUAGCAAGACAUUUUCAUCCCAGUGUUUCUUUAUUUGCAAGCACAAUUGUAGCAAGUAAGCCCAUCGAGUACACAGGAGAUCCGCUGGAGGAUCUUAGUCUGAUUCGUUUCCUUGACCGUUACGUCUUCAAAAAUCCGAAAAAACUCGAGGGUAAGAAGGUGUCGAGAAAGAACGAUCCACUUGCUCAUAGAACAGGAUAUGCUCCAAAAGGCGUUCGACUGAUACCAGUUGAUAGUCCUGCAUACAUUGCUGAGAAGCAAGAUCGGAUACCAGUCGAUGAACUGUUUCUUUAUCAGUACAUGCAAAAACGUGGGGAAAUCAAGGUUAAACAGGAGGAAGAUGACAAUGAGAGCGUCAACAGUGAAGAUUUCAAUGAUAUGUUGGAUCAGCUGAGCAAAAGUAAAAAACUGGAAGAUAUUGACGAUUUCGAUGUUGCUGGUGACAUUAGCAGGAAGCCCAAGAAAUCAAAGGUAUCCAAUGACGAAGGUGAGGAAGGUGAUGACGAACUGGAUGACGAAGACGCAGAGAUAUCUGACGAAGACAUGGAAAACAGUGACAUGGAAAUGGGCGAGUUCGACGAAGAUGAUGACGGAGAAUUUGAAGAUUUGGACGACAUGGAUUUGGAUGAUCUUGAUGACGACAUGAGCGACAUAGAGUUUAAUGAGGACGAUGAUGACGAUGACAAUGACGUGGGCUCGAAACAAUCAUCAAAAAAGAGAAAACAGAACAAGGGUAGCAGUAUAAACAAGAAGUUUAAAAUCUCGGACGAAAAUCCGUUUGUAUCUGCCGAAGAAUUUGCAGAGAUGUUGGAGAAUCAAGGCAAAACAAAGUUCAAGCAUGGAGCUAGCAAAUCAUUUAGUGAUCGAGAUGGUGCUAAUGCUAAGCAGCUUGACUGGGAAUCCGAGAGAAAUCAAAGGCUUGCUGGUUUCCGUGGUAAGAAGCAAAAGAAGCCGUUUAAGAAUUUCAAGGGCAGUAAAAAGAACUUUUCAAAACAGAAACUCAUGAAGAGGAAAAAAUGA